AUGACGGUUCUUAGGUCCCGCGAAACUGCCUCCCCCAAAACGACGCCGCCUAAGUCCAAGACGCGGCUCAAAUUAGAGCCCCCCACGCCAGCCCAGACCCACGAGUCCCCCACUCCUCCAGCUACCGCUUCGACCUCCUUCUCCUACCAACCCCGAAACCCUAACCCUAAUUUUGGACCCAAUCCCCAAAAAGGAUCUCUGGGGUUGGGCUCCGGUUCGGUCCCUGUCUCGGGAGGAGUGACUGCGGCGGCGGAGUAUACGUCUCGCUUCCAGGUCUCCGGGUUCUGCCGAGAUGGUGGCGAGAGGGGGCGGCGGGGAACAAGGAUUAUGGUUUCGGGAGUUGAGGAAGGGACUGAGGAGUUGAGAUGGGUUUCCGGAGGACAGGAGAAGGUAGAAAUUGAAGAGGGUAAGAGGGGUUUGGUAGAAUUAGGGCUGAGUUAUGAUUUAGGGAUUUUGAGGGAUUGCGGUGAGAAGAAAAGGAAGUUGGAGAUCGAUAUUAAUUUUCCGGCUUCCGAAUGUGAAGGGGAGGAUGUAGCGAGUACGCCGUUUUUGAGUCUGCGGUCAGGGAAUAAAGUGACGAAACGGGGUGUGAAUGGUGGUAGUAAUGGAGCUUUGGUGAUUGAUUUAGUUGCUGAUGAGCAUGGUACCGUGACGAGGGAAGAUGAAGUUGGAAGAGGAGAGAGAGGGAAGAGAAAGUUGGGGGAGAGUGGUUUUGUAGUCAAUGGUGUCGAUGUGGUGGUGUUGGAUUCGGAUUCGGACUCGGACGUGGAGAGGGCAAGUGAGAACGUAUUGAAGAGUAGUAAUCCAAAAGGGAAGAUGAAGUUGAGUGAUGUGAUUGAAGAUUUCAAAGGUGACCCGACUCCCAGUGAGAAUGGUACAGAAAGGGGCAGAAGGAGAUACAGCAGCAAAGAAAAAGGGAAAGGGAAAUUGGUUGGAGAAGCGGUUUUAUCGAGUGGUAACGAUGAAGUGGAAUUGGGUGUGAAAUCAGAAGUUUUUAGUUCAGUUGACAAUGUGUUUACGGUUCCUAUUCAUAUAGGAGAUAAUGUAGCAGUGGACAAUGUAUUUUCGUCUCAGAUUUAUAUAGAAGAAAAUGUUGCAUUGCACGAUCAAAGGCAGGUAAAUAACAGUAACACGAAUACAAGAGAGAAUGUAUCAGAUGGAAACGUAUACAUGGAGCGGUUUCGCGAAACAGCUAGGCGAAAUGCACGUCGAUUUGCAUACUUUUCUGCUGAAGAGGAACAGGUGAAUCAUUUGCCUCCUGAUGCUGAAGUAGCACGGGAUAUCGAAGAUUGGCCUGGUCCCUUCUCUACGGCCAUGAAAAUUAUUAAGGAUCGAGCAGAAAAAGAUGUGCAAGUGCCCUCUAACAGGACCAAACAAUCAUCAGUGAAUUGGAUUCCUAAGAAGUUUCCAGAUCGUCCCCUCCCUAAGAUUUCGGUCCCCUCACUGCAAGAUCUGUGUUUGGUGGUUCUCGCUAAGAAUGCUGAUGCAAUUGUUUCACUUGACCACGUGGCAGAUGCUUUGAGGCACCGGCUAAGUCAGAUGCUUUGUGAUUCUCGAAAAAUGAACAGUCAUUUAUUCAAACUUUUUGUUCAGGGAUCUCCAACAGAGGUUCGGUUACGGGAUUGCUCAUGGAUGACAGAGGAGCAGUUUACAGACUCUUUUCAGCAGUGCGACACCACCAAUUUAACAGUGCUACAACUUGAUCAGUGUGGGCGCUGUAUGCCAGAUUAUAUAUUGCAUUCCACUUUAGCUCAGUCAUCAAAUUGCUUGCCCAACCUAGUCACUUUAUCCCUAAGUGGUGCAUGCCGUCUUUCGGAUAUUGGGCUUGGUAAAGUUAUAUCUUCUGCCCCGGCACUAAGAUCUCUAAACCUCAGCCAGUGCUCUCUUCUCACUUACUCGAGCAUUGGCACUGUAGCUGACUCAUUGGGAUCAGUUCUGAAGGAACUUUAUCUAAAUGAUUGCCAGGGCAUUGAUGCUAUGCUUAUGCUACCAGCACUCAAGAAGCUUGAGCGUUUGGAGGUUUUUUCGCUAGCAGGCUUUGAAAAUGUUUAUGACAGUUUUAUUAGGGAAUUUAUUACAGCUCGUGGUCACAGUUUGAAGGAGCUUGUUCUGACUGAUUGUGUACAAUUAACAGAUUCUUCUGUGAAAGUGAUAGCUGAAACCUGUUCGGGAUUACGUGCGCUUGACUUGGCUAACUUGAACAAAUUGACUGAUUCUACUUUAGGAUAUCUUGCAAAUGGUUGCCGAGCAAUUCAAACAUUAAAUUUUCAUCGGAAUCCAUUCAGUGAUGAAGCCAUUGCUGCAUUCCUGGAAACUUCUGGAGAAUGCUUACAGGAACUUUCACUAAAUCAUAUCCAGAUGGUCGGCCACAACACAGCCAUAUCACUUGCCAAACGGUCAAGGAUGUUGCAUACCCUAGAUCUAUCAUGGUGCCGGAAUAUUACAGACGAGGCCCUGGGUUUAAUCGUGGACAGCUGCCUAUCACUGAGAAUACUAAAACUUGUCGGAUGCACUCAGAUCACAGAUACUUUUCUGGAUGGACACUCAAAUCCAGAGGUGAGAAUCAUUGGCUUGAAAUUUUCUCCGAUACUAGAACAUCUCAAGGUCCCCAAUCCUCACGAAGGUCCAUUGCGUUAUUCCGCCGUCUAUUGAAUUUAGUCCCCUGUUCGGGUCAUUGUCACAACGACUUUCCGAGCAACCGGAGCAAAGUGAAAUUGGCCAUUAGAUGUUCGACAUAUUUACGAGUUAUUUGUAAUCAAACUUGACUUUGAUAGACGAGGCAAGUGGAAAGAUGGAUAUUUUGGUUGGCAUUUCA